CCUUGCAAUCAGCCACACCCCAACCAGACAAGUUAACCAAGUAGAACCAUUAGCUAGGGACUGAGGAGAGUGUGGCAAUCUAGCCAAGGCUUCUCUCUGUUUCCCCUUCUUCUGCUUGCAAGCUCCAUCUAAUUAACUAGCUCGUCUUCGUCGUUGUUUCCUAAGCUUUUAACUACGGAAAGAAAGAUAUAUAGACAUAGAGAGAGAGAUCGCCAUGGCGGCUCAGGAAUUGCAUAACGUUGGUGAGCAUCAGCACAAGGAGAAUACUCCUCCUUCUACUUGUACCACGACCACCAAUAGCAGCAACCCUUCCGGCGCCGUCCAUCCCACCACCUCCAGCCCUCCCUCAGCCACCGCCGGCUCCGGCGGCGCCUCCUGCUUCCGCCCCGCCGCCUCCAACUCCUUCCCUCUCGUCCUCAAGUUUGAGGAUGUGGUGUACAAGGUGAAGGUCGGGCAGAGCGGCUCAGGCGAAGGAUGGUGCUCGAGACUCUCGUCGGCGAUCGGCGGCGUCGGGAGCGCAGGGAACAAGAAGAAGCCGUCAUCGGCGCCGGCGCCGGCGUGGGAGAAGACGAUCAUCAGCGGCAUGUCGGGCGUUGUCCGGCCAGGGGAGAUGCUGGCCAUGCUAGGCCCAUCGGGCAGCGGCAAGACGACACUCCUCACGGCCCUCGGCGGCCGCCAAACCACGGGCCACCUCUCCGGCAAGAUCACCUACAACGGGCACCCAUUCUCCGGCCCAGUAAAGCGCCGCACGGGCUUCGUGACCCAGCACGACGUGCUCUACCCCCACCUGACAGUCUCCGAGACCCUCUGGUACACGGCCCUGCUCCGUCUCCCGCGAACCCUCUCCGCCGCCGAGAAGCGGGCCCAAGCGGAGUCCGUGGCCCACGAACUCGGCCUUGGGCCCAAAGUGGCCCACAGCAUGGUGGGCGGGGUCCGUGGGGUGAGGGGCCUGUCGGGCGGCGAGCGGAAGCGGGUCAGCAUCGGGCUGGAGAUGCUGGUGGACCCGAGCUUGCUGCUGCUCGAUGAGCCCACCUCGGGUCUCGACUCCACCACCGCCGCCCGCAUCGUCGGCACGCUCCGGCGCGUGGCGCAUGGCGGCGGCGGUGGAGGCGGGCGUACCGUGGUGGUGACUAUCCACCAGCCGAGUUCGAGGCUGUACCACAUGUUUGACAAGGUGAUCUUGCUGUCGGCGGACGGAAGGCCGAUCUACUACGGCCGUGCCGCCGACGCGCUGGAGUACUUCGCCGGCGUCGGGUUCGCGUCGCCGCUCUCGCUCAACCCUGCCGACCUCAUGCUCGACCUCGCCAACGGUAUCGCGCCGGCGACGAGCGGCGACGACGGCGGGACGGCGGCGGCGUUGCUCCAUGGCAGCAACGAGAGCGAGCAGAAGGAGGUUCGGGCAAAGCUCUCAGCCGCGUACGAGCGCCACAUUGCGCCGGCAGUGAAUCUCGACAUCUGCUCCUCCACGGACCCCACCGCCGGCGCCGCCACCGGCGGACCAACGCGGCGGCGCCAUGGCGGUGGGGAAUGGACUGCCGGCUGGUGGGCCCAGUUCUCCGUCCUCCUCCGGCGCGGCCUCAAAGAACGCCGCCACGAGUCCUUCAACAAGCUCCGGAUCUUCCAGGUGCUCAGCGUGGCCUCCCUCGCCGGCCUCCUCUGGUGGCGCACGCCGGCAUCCCACCUCCAAGACCGCACGGCGCUCAUCUUCUUCUUCUCCGUCUUCUGGGGCUUCUUCCCGCUCUACAACGCCGUCUUCGUCUUCCCCCUGGAGCGCCCCUUCCUCCUCAAGGAGCGCUCCUCCGGCAUGUACCGGCUCUCCUCCUACUUCGCGGCGCGCACGGCCGCCGACCUCCCCAUGGAGCUCGGCCUGCCGACGGCGUUCGUGCUCAUCCUCUACUGGAUGGGCGGCCUGGACCCGCGCCCGGCCUCCUUCCUCCUCUCCCUCCUCGUCGUCCUCUACUCCGUGCUCGUCGCCCAGAGCCUGGGGCUCGCCGUCGGUGCCGUGCUCAUGGACGUCAAGCAAGGGACGACCCUGGCUUCCGUCAUCACCAUGGUGUUCCUCAUCGCCGGUGGCUACUACGUGCAGCAUAUCCCGCCGUUUGUCGGCUGGCUCCGGUGGCUCAACUACAGCUUCUACUGCUACCGGCUGCUGCUUGGGAUACAGUUCCCCGACGGGGGCGGGUACUAUGAAUGCGGCAGCGGCGGGGCGAUGUGCCCCGUGGCGGAGUUCCCGGCCAUCAAGGCUGUCGGGCUUGAGAACCAUUGGGUGGAUGUCUGCGUCAUGGCGUUGCUCCUUGUUGGCUACCGCGUCGUCGCCUACCUCGCCUUGGACCGGCUCCAGCCCAGGUGAUGGAUGAGCUCCGAGCUUCCAUUUCCAUGGAGGACAGGAAAGCAGAGUAGAUUUUGUUCCCAUGUCUACCAAGAGGAAGGAACUAAUUAAGCUACUAAUGACGGAUUGCAAAUUGACCGGACAACUUAAGCUAGUUGGUUAGCUGCUUGUUCCUUUUGCCGUGGCCUCAUGGAUCGGUGGGUUGAUGGCGAUCGAUGCCUGUGGCUUGAUCAGUCGAGCUCUGUUGAGGAGAAUGGAAACAGAGGAGGGUUAAUGGGCUAAUGGCGAUGGGCCGGCUUACACUAGUUGAGAUGUUGUAGUACUCCAGCUAAUAAGUCUACAACCCCCGUGUAUUAGUACUUGGGGAUUGAAAUCCCAGCCCUGUGUAUUAUUAUUACGAGGAAGAACAAAUACAAACUGCUGCUUCAGCUGCAGCUUGCCUCUGA